AGACUAGUAACAAAGAAACAAAUAACCUCUUCAGAGUCUGAUUAAAACAUCUAAUACUAUAUACAAUCCAUCACCUUCACGUCACAUGGAUUUUCUGUAUAACAAACCAAACGACAAAUCCAAAAGCCACCACUUUUGUCUUCAACUUCACUUCUUCAACUUAGAUUCUUACUCUUUCUUCAUUCACAUGUGUUUUUCUCUUCUGGGUCAAAAAGAAUCAAACUUCAACUCUUCAACUUCAAGUCUGUGUUUUUAUUACAUGACAUGGAUUCAAACUCACUAUGCUUCAUAACCCACCAAGAAAUUUUCAAUGUGGUUCGAUCUGGUGAUCUUGAAGGACUCAAAGAGUUACUGAAACAUGUUAACAAAGGUGAAUCCUCAAAUGGGUCAUCAUCAUCAUCAUCAACAUCAAUUUCUGAAUUUAUGUCCAUGCAGAAUGAUGCUGGAGAGACUUUAUUGUAUAUAGCUGCAGAAAAUGGUGUUAUGGAUUUGUUUUGUUUCUUGUUAAGGUUUUGUGAUUUGGAGAUACUUAAGAUCAGGUCUAAAUCUGAUAUGAAUGCAUUUCAUGUUGCAGCUAAGCGUGGUCAUUUGGAAAUUGUGAGGGAGAUUUUGAGUAUUUGGCCCGAGGCUUGUAAGUUAUGCGACUCCUCGAGCACUAGUCCACUUUAUUUUGCUGCUGUACAAGACCAUUUGGAUGUAGUGAAUGCUAUUUUGGAUGUUGAUGUCAGUUCAAUGAUGAUAGUAAGAAAAAACGGCAAAACUGCGUUGCACAAUGCUGCUAGAUACGGCAUUCUUCGCAUUGUAAAAGCACUUAUUGAAAGGGAUUCAGCAAUUGUUUGCAUCAAAGAUAGAAAAGGUCAAACAGCACUGCAUAUGGCUGUAAAAGGCCAAAGUACUUCAGUAGUUGAGGAGAUUUUACAAGCCGACCCGAUGGUAUUGAAUGAACGAGAUAAGAAGGGUAACACAGCUCUUCACAUGGCCACUCGGAAAGCUCGCUCGGAGAUAGUGAGCUUUCUGUUGAGCUAUGCAUCGAUGAAUGUCAAUGCCAUCAAUAAUCAACAAGAAACAGCCUUGGACUUGGCAGAUAAACUUCCGUACAGAGAUUCAUCUUUGGAAAUCAAGGAAGCCCUUUCGGAAUGCGGUGCCAAGAAUGCCAGACAUAUUGGAAAAGCGAAUGAAGCCAUGGAACUUAAAAGAGCUGUGAGUGAUAUAAAGCACGAAGUGCAGUCACAACUAAUACAGAACGAAAAAACUCGCAAACGGGUUUCUGGUAUAGCAAAGGAAUUGAGAAAGAUUCAUCGGGAGGCAAUUCAAAACACGAUAAAUUCUGUCACGGUAGUUGCUGUCCUUUUUGCCUCAAUAGCAUUCAUGGCUUUGUUCAGUUUGCCAGGUCAAUACAGAAAGCUACAACCGGAGGCAGGGAAAGCGAAUAUAGCUCACGAGGUUGCAUUCAGUGUUUUCUGUCUUUUGAAUGCAACGUCUCUUUUCAUUUCUCUUGCGGUUGUUGUUGUUCAAAUCACUUUGGUAGCUUGGGACAUGAGGGCACAAAGGCAGAUUGUAUCGGUGAUUAACAAGCUAAUGUGGACGGCUUGUACAUGUACUUGUGGAGCGUUUCUCGCGAUAGCUUUUGUGGUCGUUGGAAAGGAAAGAUGGAUGGCUACUACUGUAACCAUUUUGGGAACACCGAUUCUAGUUGGGACUCUAGCAUACUUGUGCUACUUUGUGGUUCGACGACAUUUUGGAUUUCGAAGUGAUUCCCAGAGAGUAUUAGCUAAGAGGCCAAGUGGAAGCAAAUCAUUCUCGUGGUCUUACUCUGCACAUAUAUCAGACGUGGAGGAAUAUAAUUCUGAUGUUGAGAAGAUGUAUGCUCUGUGAGCUGAGUCGAGUGUGUUGCCAAUGAACAUCGUGAGAAAGUGAGACGUGAAAAUAUGUUCUCUUAAGACUUUAAAUUAGGGGUGUUCAUGUUCAAAUGGGCACAGUGAGAUCCUUUGCAACUUCUCUUGUCCCUAGCAAAAUCUCAUUUGUUGGAUUAAACGAACAGACGAGAGAUUAAUACCUUCGACAGUUAGUUUAAUCCAACACCUGAGAUUUGACUGGAGGGGAUGGAGGGACUCGGAGGAUACAAGUCUUUAGAAGGCCUUGUCACAUGAAAAUUUUCUCUCUUUUGGAAAAUAAAUGAGUGGAUGCUAUCAAAAUUUGUGAAUAUAUAUGGUAGGAGAGAUAUACAUAAAAAUUUCAUGUGCCAAGUUCAUGUAAAAUUUUAACAUAAGAGAAUAUUUUAACAUAA